AUGGGUGACCUGACAGCUGGCAGGAAGAUCCUGAGAGGGAGGGAGUAUAAGAUCGGACGCAGCCUGAACGAGUGCUCAACUGAAGGACUUGAGCUCUGGAUCGGUAACCAACAUUUUCCGCCAAGAAUGAAGCUCUCGCACACCCUCCUCUCGCUCGCCAGCCUGGCGCUGGCCGCCGCUCUCCCACAAGCCUCAUCGUCCACUCCUUCACCUUCGCCUUCACCAAGUCCCAGCACGAUCGCAUCGAGCGCGUUUGCCACGACUUCCGGAGUUUCAUUCGUCAUCAACGGGGAAGCAGGCUACUUCCCCGGCUCAAACAGCUACUGGAUUGGCUUCCUAACGAACAACGACGACGUCGACACCGUCUUCUCGCACAUGUCCUCGUCCGGCCUGCGUAUCCUCCGAGUCUGGGGCUUCAACGACGUGAACACCAUCCCUACCGACGGGAGCGUCUACUUCCAGGUCCAUCAGAGCGGAACGUCCACAGUUAACACAGGUGAAGAUGGUCUGCAGCGUCUUGACUACGUUGUGAAGUCUGCGGAGCUGCAUGGAAUCAAGCUCAUCAUCAACUUUGUUAAUUACUGGGAUGAUUAUGGUGGCAUGAAUGCUUACGUGCAGGCUUACGGCGGUAGCGAUAACUCGGAGUGGUAUGACAAUGAGGAGAUGCAGAGUGCGUACCAGGCGUAUAUUGAGGCUGUUGUGAGUCGAUACAUCGACUCACCGGCUAUCUUUGCAUGGGAGCUUGCGAAUGAACCAAGAUGCCAGGGUUGCGAUACGAGCGUGCUGCAUAACUGGAUCCAGAAGACGAGUGCGUAUAUCAAGGGCUUGGAUGGCAAGCACAUGGUUUGUAUCGGUGAUGAGGGCUUCGGCCUCGACACAUCCUCCGACGGAAGCUACCCAUUUCAAUACGGCGAGGGCGGCGAUUUCGCUGCGGCACUGAGCAUCGACACCAUCGAUUUCGGGACGUUUCAUCUAUACCCGGAUAGCUGGGGCACAAACAACACCUGGGGCAACCUCUGGAUAACCGCCCACAGCGAAGCGUGCGUCGCCGCCGGAAAGCCGUGCCUCUUCGAAGAAUACGGUGUUACCUCGGACCACUGCGCCAUCGAGAAGCCGUGGCAGAACACUGCGCUCAAUGCGAGCGGCAUCGCGGGCGACCUUUACUGGCAGUACGGCGAUACGCUGAGCACGGGGCAGUCGGCUGAUGAUGGGAAUACGUUUUAUUAUGGCAGUGAGGAGUUUGAGUGUCUUGUUACAGAGCAUGUUGCCGCGAUUAAGGCGAGUGGAAGGUGA